AUGCUGAAAGCUCUGUUUGGUGUUGCUAUAGAAUUUGAUGUGCACAAGCACAAUGUGAGGCUGAUGAUAGAAAUUCUAUCUAAAUAUAUAAAGUAUAAACACAUCACUUGUCGUUUUUGUCCAAAUCAAAAAAGUUACGACGAUGAACAGUUCAAUAUCACUCAAGAGCUUUCAAAGUGCGAAAGUGGAGGAAGCAGUGGAAGAGAGGGCUAA